AAGUCAUUGUCAGACCGAUGGAUUCUUCCUUCUCAUCUCCUCCAUCUCCAUCUCCACUCCCCCCACCAUUUCUGUUUCCUCUCAACUGCUUUCACCUCCCCCUUCUUCUCCUCUCUCAAUCUCGACCCUUCACUCCCUUUGAUCCGCAAAACUGCCUCCCUUCAGCAGAUCUGACUAUCACACUCUGCUUCACUUUAAAAAUCGCGGCUUUCUGGGUCGGAAUUUUCUGGAUCUAGGUUACCUCGGAUGAGUCAUGGAGACCCUUGUUGUUGUUGCUGCUCAGCCUAAGCAUCAGUACUAUCCCACAGAAUCUAGAUCAGAGGGUCUAGCAAGGUUCAAUUCUUCUCCCCCCAACAAGCUCCAGGAGAUCAAUUGCCGAACUUUUCAUGCUGCAGACGGGAUCCUUCCGACCCCUCUCCGGGCUUCGACUAUCCCAGUUACCAAACAGACCCCUCCAUCGGCAACACCUGCCACUCCACCUUCCGCUGAACCUGGUCGCUCUAAACCUGCCCGGAGGAGUAGCCCGAUCCCCAUCAGUGCUAAACCAAUCUGCUGUGAGAAAUUUUCUGAUGAAGGGUUCUUCGAUGGGAGUCUCUCCUUCUCCGAGCGGUGGGCGGGUCCAACCUACUCGAACUCGCCCCCGCCGAGCUCCUUGCCGAUUCCUAAGUUCUUGCAACUGCCUAAGAGGACUAAGUCCCUUGAUCUGCCUAGUUUAGCUUCUGAUGAUGAUGUUUCUGUCCACCCAAUUUCAAAGUCUGCUCCCGCCUCUCCAGUUAGGGGGUUCAGUCCUCCUCUUGCUUCCAAAGAUUUGUUCCGAAGUGCUGACUCUGCGACCAAGACCCUGCGUCGCAUUCUCAAUCUCGAGCCAUCUGAUGAGUGACAUCCCUCGGUAGUGAUGGGGAUGGGGGGUGUUGUAAAUAGGUUUCUUUUCAUGUGCGUUAGUGUCUUACUAGGUUGUAUAUAAGCGAAUGGUCGGGUUUCCUUCUCAGUAUGUUUGCACUUAAGAUUCUAGUUGUUAAGUUAUCUCCUAUCGUAGUGGCAGAAUAUGGUGGGUGGGAAUUGAGAUGCAAGUUUGCUUGUUUGUCUGUUCUUUUUAGGGAUUUCAAUUUCCGGAAAAAGUUGGCCAAGGAAUACGAGUCCCUAAGGUUCUUAGGCUGGAAAGGGGGAAGAGUUCCAAUCAGGAAAGUCUAGGAAUUGUUCUGACUGUGCAACUUGUUCUCGUCAGUGUUGGGAUGACAAAGUUGAUGGAUGAUACAAUUCCCGGUCUUGUGUUGGAUUUCUUACUAGAGUCCUUUAAUUCUAGAAGUUAUGUAUAUGCUGUAUAAUCUUACUCUACAUCUGUAGGUUAGUAAACCCCCCCUUCCUCCAAUUUCCGUUGACCGAUCUCCAUAGUAGAUCCAAAUUAGGCUUUCUUAGUUGAUGCAUCCUCUCGUAACUCCUCUGAUGGUUGUUGGUUUCACUACUGAGAUAUUACCGCUAUCCAUAACCUUCACAAAGGAUAACACCGUUCUUUCCUUUUCCUAGGAUCUCAUCCUCUGUCUGCUCUUUUGCCUCCUUCACCAUCUUUCUGGUUUUUAAGAGGGAAAGGUGGGAAGGGCAAGCAGUCAUAGAUUAAUAGUUCCCUGCCCAUUCAACAGCUUGACUUGUCACUCUCUCACGCCUUAAGUCUCGACCAGUUUCUUUCUGCCUGGCCUUAUUUCUGCUGUGGGUAGUGCCUUGGCCCUCAAUUAUACUUUUCCAUGAAGAUUGUUGAUGGCAUUGCAUUGUAUGCAAGGGAGCUCUUGGGAGAUUGCAGAGAGGCCAAACUUGUAGCUCGGAUAUUUACAUACUUGGUUGAGCAUGGUCUCUUUCUUCCCCGGUGGCAACUGUUGUCCGGGACCGCUGUUCGAUUCGUAAUCUUGUUAGUUCAGUGUCUUAGUUGAUGUCUAGCUGUUAGCUUGAAUCUUAUUGUCUUAGGAUCUAAACUUGUGCUUGUUUAGUUUGUUCUGCGUAGACAGCAAAGUUGUUCAUCAACUACAUGUGCUCCUUUUGCAGCUUUAUUUAUGUUGUGCUGGGUUUGAUGUAUGUUCUCUCUCUUAAAUCUUGCUUCGUAAUAUUAGAUUACCAGACACAAGAAAGAAUUCUUUAAGUUGCAUCA